CCCGUCAGACUUCAAGCCCCUGACAUUGUGAAGAUGGAGGCUGCUUUGCUCUAGACCAGGAAACAGAGAAAACCACCAACUGCAGGGUUCAGAGAUCUGUUAUGACAACAUAUCCAGCCGGUUCAGGUGGAGGCAGGAGGUGUGAGUAGACUGUACUAAGACAUCAGCAGCAUGUACUCCGAGUGGCGCUCGCUGCAGCUGGUGGUGCAGAGUGACCAGGGCCACCUCAGUGUUCUGCACACCUACCCCACCAGCGUGGGUACUGAGGUGGCAAAUGCUGUGGUCAGGCCUCUGGGGACAGCUGUAAGCCCUGUGGCCACAGAGAACAUCCUCAAGACAGACAAGGAGGUUAAGUGGACCAUGGAGGUGCUUUGUUACGGUCUCACGCUCCCUUUAGAGGGGGACACAGUCAAACUGUGUGUGGAUGUGUACACGGACUGGAUGAUGGCCCUGGUGUCCCCCAGAGACUCAAUGCCUCAGCCUGUGGUCAAAGAGCCCAAUAUGUACGUCCAGACCAUCCUCAAACAUCUCUACAACGUCUUUGUACCCAGACCUGAGCAGCACAGUCUGAACCACAUCAGGCUUUGCCAGCAGGUUUUGACUGCAGUUCAGAAAUUGGCAAGAGAGUCUGUAUCCAUGGUGAGGGAAACCUGGGAGGUGCUCCUUCUCUUCCUGCUGCGCAUCAAUGACACAUUACUUGCACCGCCCACAGUUGGAGUUGGAGUGGCAGAGAAACUGGCAGAGAAACUCAUGGCGGUGCUGUUUGAGGUGUGGUUGCUGGCAUGUGCACGCUGCUUUCCCACGCCCCCGUACUGGAAGACAGCAAGGGAGAUGCUGGCCAACUGGAGACACCACCCACCUGUUGUUGAGCAGUGGAGCAGAGUUGCCUGUGCCCUGACAUCUAGACUUUUACGCUUCACCCACGGACCGUCCUUCCCGCCUUUCAAAGUCCCCGAUGAAGAUGCCAACCUUAUUCCUUUAGAAAUGGACAAUGACUGUGUUGCACAGACGUGGUACCGCUUUCUUCACAUGCUCAGUAACCCAGUGGACCUGAGCAACCCUGCGGUCGUGAGCACCACUCCAAAGUUUCAGGAGCAGUUCCUCAACUCCAGCGGCAUCCCUCAUGAAGUGGUGCUGCAUCCGUGUUUGAAGCAGCUACCCCAGAUCUUCUUCAGGGCCAUGAGAGGCAUCAGCUGCCUUGUGGAUGCCUUCUUGGGUGUCUCUGUUGAAAAAAAGAGAGCUGUACGGGAGAGGGUGUUCUCUUUUUCUCCAGUGCUGCUCUCUCAUGGUAUCUCACGUCCCAGAGCUGACAGUGCCCCGCCCACUCCAGUCAACAGAAUGAGCAUGUCCCCGCCCCCUUCCAUCACCAACACGACUCCCCCACACAGCCGCAAGCCACGACAUACAGUGGUCACCAAAACCACAAGCAAGAGUUCAACUAGCAGUGGGAGUCAACCAACCAAAGCAUCCCAGCAGCAACAGCAGCAGCAGCAGCAGCAGACUUCUUCCUCCCCGACCCUUCUUUCCAGCCCCAAUCAGAGCAGCUGGGAGUCUCGACCCCUGCCGGCCCCGGCAAGACCGAAGGUCAACAGCAUCCUCAACCUGUUUGGCCAGUGGCUUUUCGAUGCUGCUCUGGUCCACUGUAAGCUCCACAGCGGCCUCAGCAGAGACCCAAGCAUGACCGCCAUAGCCACUCAAGUAGGUCUGGAGCUGAGAAGGAAGGGUUCACAGAUGUCCACAGACUCCAUGGUGUCCAACCCCAUGUUUGAUGCCAACGAGUUCCCAGAGAGCUACGAGGCAGGACGAGCCGAGGCCUGCGGGACUCUCUGUCGCAUCUUCUGUAGCAAGAAAACCGGGGAGGAUAUACUACCUGUUUACCUGUCGAGAUUCUACAUGAUCCUGAUUCAAGGCCUCCAGAUCUCUGAUUUCAUCUGUAGACCAGUUCUGGCUUCUAUUAUUCUCAACUCUUCCUCUCUCUUCUGCACCGAUCUGAAGGGCAUCAAUGUGGUGGUGCCGUACUUCAUAGCUGCACUGGAGACUAUUGUACCAGACAGAGAGCUGUCCAAAUUCAAGAUGUAUGUAAAUCCUACCGACCUGAGGAGAGCCUCCAUCAACAUCCUGCUUGCCAUGCUGCCUCUGCCACAUCACUUUGGCAACAUUAAAUCAGAGGUCCUUUUGGAAGGAAAGUUCAAUGAGGAGGACGGGUGGCCUCAUGACCAGCCCGUGUCUUUCCUGUCACUGAGGCUACGUCUGGUUAAUGUCCUCAUUGGAGCACUACAGACUGAGACCGAUCCCACGAACACACAGCUCAUCUUGGGUGCAAUGCUCAAUAUUGUUCAAGACUCGGCGCUGUUGGAGUCCAUCGGUGCGCAGACGGAAACAGGGAGUAUAGAUGGGAGCCAAAUAACCUCAAGGAGCCAGAGUCACAGUCGCACCAACAGUGGCAUCAGCUUCAACAGCGGGGGCAGCACAGAAGCCACCAGCCCAGACUCUGAGCGCCCUGCCCAGGCCCUGCUGCGAGACUACGCUCUUCCAGAUACGGCGGCAGGCCUGCUGGUGCGAAGCAUCCACCUGGUCACCCAGAGACUCAACUCCCAGUGGAGGCAGGACAUGAACAUUUCACUGGCUGCACUGGAGCUGCUGGCCGGACUCGCCAAGGUUAGGGUGGGAGUUGACUCUGCAGACCGUAAGCGAGCUGUCAGCUCUAUAUGUGGGUACAUUGUGUACCAGUGUAGCCGUCCAGCUCCUCUUCAAUCCCGAGACCUCCACUCCAUGAUCGUAGCUGCCUUCCAGUUUCUUUGCGUGUGGCUCACAGAGCACCCCGACAUGCUGGAUGAGAAGGACUGUUUGGUCGAGGUGUUGGAGAUUGUGGAGCUGGGAAUAUCUGGCAGCAAGUCUCGACAGGAACAAGAAGUCCGACAUAAAGGGGAGAAGGAGCACAACCCAGCCUCCAUGAGGGUGAAGGACGCUGCUGAGGCCACUCUAUCCUGUAUCAUGCAGGUGUUGGGGGCCUUCCCUUCCCCCAGCGGUCCUGCCUCCACCUGCAGCCUGCUGAACGAGGACACCUUGAUUCGCUAUGCUAGACUCAGUGCCACAGGAGCGAGCAACUUCCGCUACUUCGUCCUGGACAACUCUGUCAUCCUGGCCAUGCUGGAGCAGCCUCUCGGCAAUGAGCAGAACCCAAGUCCCUCAGUGACAGUCUUGAUCCGAGGGACUGCUGGUCGACAUGCCUGGACCAUGCAGCUCUUCCACCAACCCCGAGGGGCUCGGGCCAAUCAGAGGCAGGUGUUUGUCCCAGAGGGCCGCCCAACACCGAACAACGACGUGGGGAUCAAGUACAACGUCAAGCAGCGGCCGUUCCCCGAAGAGGUGGAUAAGAUUCCUCUCGUUAAAGCUGAUGUAAGCAUCCCCGACCUGGAUGACAUUGUCAGUAAAGAGCUUGAACUUCAGCACGACAAGCUCCGUAUUCUGAUGACCAAGCAGAUAGAGUACGAGAACGCUUUGGAGCGCCACAGCGAUGAAAUUUGGAAGUCAAAGCAUUUCCCCGACCCACAGACGGACUGCAAACCUCCUCCACCCUCGCAGGAGUUCCAGACAGCACGCCUCUUCCUCUCCCACUUUGGCUUUCUGUCUCUGGAGGCGCUCAAGGAGCCCAACAACAGUCGUCUACCUCCUCAUCUGAUCGGUCUGGAGUCGUCCUUGCCGGGGUUUUUUGAUGACAUCAGCUACCUUGACCUGCUUCCCUGCCGACCGUUCGACACUGUCUUUGUUUUCUAUGUGAGGGCAGGACAGAAAAGCAGCCCCGAGAUCCUGAGGAAUGUGGAGUCGUCGUCCAGCGUCCAGCCCCACUUUCUAGAGUUCCUGAUGUCCUUGGGCUGGCCUGUGGAUGUCGGACGCCACCCAGGGUGGACUGGACACCUAGACACCAGCUGGUCCCUAAACUCCUGCUCCGACAGUAACGAUAUACAACAAACAGAAGAAGCAGCAACUCCUGAGGACACUGGAGGUUCAGUGUUCAAUGGGGAGAAGAAGGUUUUGUACUAUGCUGACGCCCUGACAGAGAUUGCCUUCGUGGUUCCAUCCUUAACAGAAAACUCCGAGGAGUCAUCAGUGCACAGUGACUCCACAGUGGAGGCAGACACAAACUCAGAGAUCAUUCCUGGUGUACUCAAACAACCCAAUCUCACACUGGAGCUGUUCCCCAACCACUCUGAGAACCUGGAGUCUGCCAAAAAGCUGAGUCCUUUGGUAAAGACAAAAAGGUCAUCAACUGGGAAAUCUUUCCCUCCUCUGGGUCCUGAGACGAAGGUGUUUGUGGUCUGGGUGGAGCGCUUUGAUGACAUUGAGAACUUCCCGUUAACUGAUCUCUUGGCGGAAACCAGCACGGGUUUGGAAGCCAGCAUGAGCAACAGCACUUCCUGCAGGUCAGGGCUACUUGAGAAGGAUGUACCAUUGAUCUUCAUCCACCCUCUGAAGACGGGACUCUUCAGGGUCCGGCUGCAUGGAGCUGUGGGUAAAUUUGGCAUGGUGAUUCCCCUGGUGGACGGCAUGGUGGUCAGCCGCAGAGCUCUAGGGUUUCUUGUUCGCCAAACGGUCAUCAACGUGUGCCGACGAAAGCGCCUGGAAAGUGACUUGUACAACCCUCCUCACGUGAGGCGGAAGCAGAAAAUAACGGAGAUUGUCCAGCGCUACCGCAACAAGCAACUGGAGCCUGAGUUUUACACCUCGCUCUUCCACGAGGUGGGGGAGGGGAAGCCCCACCUCUAACCCGCCUGUCCCUGUCCUAACACUGGCUCACCAACGCGCACAGUAACACACCAAGCUCUUAUCAUAUACUUCAUUUACACAUUACACACACACACACACACACACACACACACACACAGGAACACACACAGGAACACACACAGGAACACACAGAAUCUUUAUAUUUAUACUGUACUGUUUUGUUAUUUAUACAAAUAUCAACACUGUCUGCCUUUGACUCCGAGAGCAAAGUGUCAAAAACCAUGCCAAGGUGGAAGAAGCUACAUUUGUAUGUCGCAGCCGCUCAUCUAAACGUCUGAACGGCCGAAGCUCAACAGUGACUGUCUCUCUGCAUUUAGCUCCACACUCUGUGGCAAAGACUUUCUGCUUGUCAUUAACUGCAAUACAAUAGUAACACUUUUGGCCUUUUCUGAAAUUGUACAAAUGUUUGUCCUUUAAACUCUGUGAACUGAGUCGGCUUCAUGAUGGUUUUUGGUAAAUACACACUCAUAAAAACCUUA